AUGGCGCACGGCAGGUCGUUGCCGGCAGUUGGCAGUCAGGCUACCGUGCCACGCAAGUACAUGCGGGCAGUGAGACGUGGGAUGUGGAAUUUGUGGCGGCACCAUCCCGGGACAUAUGCACCGCAUGGUCAACAUCAUAUGCUUGACGAGGCGUUACGCUACGCCGCGGCGUUUCAGGAGCGAUCCGCGAGGAGAUGGGCAGAGGCAGCUUUAGGUCCAGCCCAGUCUUACAGGAUUCGUGAGCCUUGUGCGGGAGAGAAGGGAGACGCGGGGUCUGGUCACUUUCCAACUUUGCAGCACUUAGCCAGUUUCGAUGAAGAGAAGGAGGAGGAACAGAUUUUCCCAACCUUCUUUGAGAAGCAACAAGCAAGGCUUCAUGUCGCGCUGCAGCAAUGGGUUUUCUACUCAGGCUUCCGCUGCUCCCAGGCCGAGUUUAUGGUGCGGCAAUCUAAAGUAUCGAAAACACUUUUGCUUUCACCAAUGCGAGUGAUUCCCUCGAGUCGCAGCAACACUGAAGGUGCAAGAUGCUUAGAGGCAUCUGUGCGACGUCGUGGUGCACGGGCGUAUGUUGACUUACUGGUGAAGCAUAAAUUGUUCAUGCAAAAGGAAGAAGAGUGGACGACGUUGUGUGAGUUAUGUGGCCAUAUUGGAAAGCGGCAACAAAUUAAGAUGGAAGAGGGAGGCUCGUUCCAAGUGAUGGCACUGCCUUUUCUUCGAUCGUCCAAUCCGCAUGCAUCUUGGGAGCGAAGUCUUGCGGUGCUUUCAUGGGCAAUGCAAUUCCGUAACCAUAAACAACAAUCGACUCAUCACCAGCAGUAUUGUCAACACAUUUCUUCCAUGGAUAUUUCUGAUGUUUUACAGCAGUAUGCUCAGCACUUUGGGGAGCGGACGCAAGUGCCAUUACUCACACACGACGAUGACAGUCAAGGUACUUUAGUGCUGGGAAAUGCAGCUGAGCAGGAUGUCGUGGCGCGGUUGCAGCAGUGGUGGGUGGCAGCACGUGAGGCUGAGAAGCAAAACCCCAGGCUUGCUGGGAUUUGCGGGUUGGAUCGCACGCUACGGGACCGAAUUCAUGUAGAAGGGAGAAAAGUGACUCUGACGUCGUCCAAUGAGACGUCAGCCGGCGUUGACACGGUGUUUCCGGAGCUGCUCUUCCAGGGGCGCUGGGAAGACGUUUUACAUCACAUUGAGCGUAUUGCCGCCGACUCUUUACGACGUUAUGGACCCGCGGCUGAACAGCAACAGGAUGGGGAGGAGGAAUGUGAGGAAAAAGGAUCAAUCGGACAGGACGUGGCUGGUGUCUUUGAUGAGAAGCAUGAAGAACGCCGAGUCGCCAUUGGGGAUGCCGCGCCAUCGCCUUCCAUUGCUACGGAAAAUGUUCUUGCCAUGUUUUUCAACAGGCCGCGUCCUAUACUCAUAAAGGGUAAGCUUUGGGUUCACACCACCGCGUCACGUCUCGGGCGAAUCCCGCGUGCGCUUCUCACCGCUGACGAGACGCCAGCCGAAAAGGAGUUGCUGUACAGACCCCCCACAGCAGGUCUCCGCUCUCGGCGUGUGACUAUCGAUGAGCGUAAUAGAAAAGAGCAAACGAGAUGCACUGAAAAUUCGCCCUCUCCAGCGCUACUGGAGCUGCGCCGAAAGAUGUGGAUUCAUUUUCAGCUUCCAAAACACGUAGCACACUCCCUUGUGCGCUUUGAAGGCGUUGGUGCUUCCAUGCUACCGUAUUUAUACCGCUCUCCCGCAAAGGAGCUUGCCCCGUGGCUCCUUGUUGGCACCAUUGCCGCCAUUGCUCAACGGCAAGAGUUUGAAGGCAUCCAUGAAGCCCUCCAUCGGGUCCGCAUGCAGACUCUUUACACACUUUUUUCACAUGUCCCGUACUACGCGGCUUUUCAAGAAUACUGUGCCGAAUUAAUCAUCCAAUUGGGUAAUCUAUUGGCUCCGCCGAAGGUGUUGCGUGUGGCAGUGCGCUCGAUCUUUUGCCCACCCUCGUUCCGCCACUUCUACGAUAUACUGAAGGGGCGACGGGUUCCGAUGGAAACCGCGUGCCGUAAGUUUUGGUGGGGUUCGCUUGAAGAUGCACUUGAUGCAGAAUCCAAAAAGGUGACAUGUUCUUUUUUUUCUCAGUCUGCCGUUAGCAAAUGGGAGCGAGUACGCGGCGAUCUUGACACAAUGAAGGAAUUCUUUAUGUGCAAGGCCGCUAGUUUGCGUAACUACCACGUUUCUACAUGGAUUGAGAGCUGCAGUAAGGUGGAGACUCUCGCUGGACUUUUGGAUAUUCUCGUGCAGGAGAUAAACGUCUACGGACCCCCUCUUCUUUCCCCCGAAGCGGCAACCGCGUUGCUCACGGCAGUUCUCAUCCUGCAUUCCACAGAAGGCGGGGAAAACAAGGUGUCCGCAAGUACAGACACCCUGCGUUCACUUGGAGUUGUGUACUUUGUGGUGCCCGCCGAUCGAGUAUUUUCUGCUGCGCCGUAUUUUAGGGGAAUUUACCAUGAACGCUACAUCACCUCAACUUCUCUCGAUUGGA